GAAAGUCAUUCUUCUUAACCACACGCUACAUUUUAGUAGGAUUAGUCCAUAUGCAUAUCAAAAUAGGUCAUUUAUUCGGAAAAGAAAUGUCACGAUAGUGUUGGUGUAAAUAUUUGUAAUAAAGGAAUAUAGGCACGAUAAAAAAAAAGGAUAAUGAAAACUGACCAGCACCACUCUUACGAUAGAGGGCGUGAUAUAGUGACGUCACUCCUUGUCGUUCUGUUGCUAGGGGUGAUUGCAAGUAUCUGUUUAAUAUACAUUCAGCUUGUGGGGGUUCAAAAUGAACUCAGUGAAUUGAAACACCUACGAGAUCUUAAUUUGAAGAAUGAAUUUCAUCGUAAGUCCAAGGAAGCCCGGGAAAGUCAAAAGAGGACCGAUGUAGAAAACGCAGAGAAACGACAGACUGCCAGUUCUUUUGUACAAGAGCUACUGCUUGCCCAGGCUCACAUUCUGGAAUCACACUGUGCAAACGACAGUCGGCUGUGCAUGAGAGGUCCAAAGGGAGAGAAGGGUGAUCCGGGUCUUUCAGCCAAACCUCUGACUGUACCAACGCCAGUAACUGGCCAGUGCGCAUGCUUAGAUGAGCCAAAAAUAGGACAACUUUUGAAUACUGUAGCAAAAGCUGGAGAUGACGUAGACAUCACGUGUUCAGUAACCGGAAACCCAACUCCAUAUGUUAAAUGGAUCAAAAAUGGCGUUACUAUUUCAACAAAAAGUGUUCUUCAUUUAACAAAUGUAAACCAAGCGACAUCAGGGAAUUAUACAUGUGUGGCACAAAACAUAAUUGGAACACGCUCGAAAACUAUUGUUCUAAAUAUUCAAUAA